AAUUGUACACACCUGGUAGCUCUUGAUUCGAUAGCUAAGUUUACUGGCGCCCAACUUAUCGGUCUCAGCUGUUAGGCAGCAAAAGCAAAACAAAGAGGAAACGCAAACGUACAUUAAUGUUUUUGUUCAUCAGCCGUCCUACGCGGACGCUGGGCAACCGGAUGCAGGCGGUUCGCGAGCGUCUCGGGGCCGAUUUAGCCGAGCAAUUAGAUGCACUGCACCGGAAUGUAAUGCGAACUGGACUAGUGUCCACGCAAGAGCUGGAGGAGACGUUUCGCAAGACUCGGAACAUGGAUCACAACCCAAACAGGCUGAAUCUUUUCUGGCUGCUGGGUAUCGUCUUCUUUAUCAUGGUGGCCACUCCAGUGUUCUACGAGACCAUAUCGUUCUUGCUCGGAGUGCGUUGCUUUUUGCCAAACAAUUACUUGGUCUGGGAGGCCACACGACCCAUCAGCGACUGUGAAUUCUGCAAAGGCGUGAAAGCUCCGCUAAUUUUGUUUAAUCUUACAAUGGAGGAGUUUGCCCCGCAUGCCUACUCCUCGCUACCAAUAAUUGUGAAGCGGGCGGUGGCCCAUUGGCCAGCUCAAACUCACCUCAACUUCGCCUACAUUAAAGAUUUGUACGAGAGUGUCCCUGGAUCUAUAGAUUCAGACUGUCAAUUUCUACACUUCAACUCAGAUCUCAAGACGUUAAAGGAUGUGUUUGCCAUGUCUGCGGAACGUUCUAAUUUAAGCCAGGGAGCGCCUUGGUUUGUCGGAUGGAGUGUCUGCCAGCCGACUGUCCUGGCCGAACUCAGAAAGAUGUAUCCCCGUCCUCAUUUUUUGCCUGUAGAUGCCGAAAUGCCACACGCAGAUUUCAUCUUAAUGGGCUACGAGCAGGGAGCUGUAAUGCAUCUGGAUUACAUUCCCCGCCUGAUGUGGCAGGCGCAGUUGAAGGGAAAUAAAAGCUGGUUUCUGGCACCUGCCCCCGAGUGUGACCACCAGUGCCAGCCAUUUUCCUUCUACGUGGAACCUGGGGAUGCUGUCCUCGUGGAUACGCGUAUCUGGUACCAUGCUAAUACCAUCCCUAAGGGUCAGUUCUCGCUCACGGUUCAGUCAGAGUAUGGAUGAUGCCCUAGCUCGAAGUAUUAUCUUUAAUUAUUAAUAAUUAAAAAAGAUAACUUCACUAACAAAUGACUUAGCAUGUAAAUGCUACCAAUAGCUAGAAUUGCUCAAAAAUGUCUCAUUAGAACUGGAAUGGAAACAGGAUAUAUUAUAGGUAUAAUUUAUUUAUAGGGUCGAUAAAUCAUUUGUAUUCGAAAUUGAACUAUUUUUUUUUUAAAUUAAAACCGACACUUCUACUGUAA